AUGUCAACUUUCCAAAUGAGAAGCUUACUCUAUCAUCCUCCUCCUCCAUUCUCUUUCUCCCAAAUUUCGUCGUCUUCUUCCUCUCCACUCUUUUUGGGAAACAAUCUUCAACAGCCCAUUAAUUUCUACCCAUCAUUAUCACGCAGCUCUAGCUCUAACUUUUCCAAGAUUUUCUCCCCUGCAAAAUUUAAUGAAAGAAAGACCAGAUCUUUGAGGGACUCAAGAAUCUUCAGAUUCAGUUGUUCUGCAGAAUCAGCAAAGGCUUCUGAAGUAGUGGUGAAAGAGAAAAGUGUUUCUGUUAUUCUGCUUGCAGGAGGGAAGGGCAAAAGAAUGGGGGCAACCAUGCCAAAGCAGUAUCUUCCACUUCUAGGGCAACCGAUUGCUUUAUACAGUUUCUACACUUUCUCAAAGAUGCCUGAAGUGAAGGAAAUUGUAGUUGUAUGUGAUCCUUCUUAUCAAGACAUUUUUGAAGACGCCAAACAGAAUAUCCUUGUGGCGCUCAAAUUUGCGUUACCCGGAAAGGAGAGACAAGAUUCUGCGGUUGAUCCAAAUUCUGAACUAGUCUGCAUACAUGACUCUGCAAGACCUCUGGUGUUAGCUGGAGACGUAGCAAAGGUUCUAGAAGAUGGUAGCCGUAUUGGUGCAGCUGUGCUAGGUGUUCCUGCUAAAGCCACAAUCAAAGAGGUUAUCAAGCCUGGCUUGCUUAAGAAAGGCUUUGAACUUGUUAAUAGGGAAGGACUUGAAGUCACAGAUGAUGUGUCGAUCGUGGAGCACCUUAGACAUCCCGUGUACAUUACUGAAGGAUCUUACACCAACAUUAAGGUUACCACCCCGGAUGAUUUAUUACUCGCUGAGAGAAUAUUGAACCCUGUGGCAUAA